AUGCGCAACCUCAGGAAUAUUCGUUUUUCGGAAGUCCCGCUGCUUGGUGGGCUUCCGUUGGCCGCCACUGCGUGGGAUGCCUCAACGGACUCGCUGAUAUGCGCAUUUGGUCCGGCGGAGGAUAACGCAGUGAUCGAGCUGAAGAGAAAGCUGCAGCAUGAAGAUGCCAAUCCUGAGGCGCUGCCUGGGGACAUGUCCCUGAUUGCAUCCUGGGACGCGCCUUGCCCAAACCCGGAGAUGAAGUGUGAUCGCAUAUUGUCUUUGCAGUACUUCCCCGACACAUUGAUAAUAUGCCUGGUGCUUGAAGGCGGAGAUAUCAUUGUCGUUCGUGAAGAGCCUCAGCCAGGAGAGGACAAGAUUGAAAUUGUUGGCAGCGUUGAUGCCGGUAUAUCUGCUGCCGCUUGGUCUCCUGACGAGGAGCUGCUGGCCAUCUCUACAAAGGCAAACACUCUACUCUACAUGACCAGAGACUUUGAAGGCGCUGCGGAUAUUGCUUUAAGCCAGGAAGAUCUCAAGAUAUCCCAACAUGUCUCCGUGGGCUGGGGAAAGAAAGAGACUCAGUUCCAGGGGAAACGAGCGAAAGCUCUUCGAGAUCCAACAGUGCCAGAGAAAGUUGACGAAGGAAAACUAAGCGAGUUUGAUGACGGGAAAAACACUCUCAGCUGGAGAGGCGAUGGUGCAUAUCUCGCUCUUAAUAGCAUUGAGACUGGCAUUCGUCGAGUUAUCCGUGUCUAUUCUCGAGAAGGUGCAUUGAAUAGUGUGAGUGAGCCAGUAGAUGGACUAGAGGGUGCUCUAAGCUGGCGGCCAUCGGGCAAUCUCAUUGCUGGCAUCCAACGGCUUGAUGAUAGGAUCGGUGUUGUCUUCUUUGAAAGAAACGGGCUGCGACAUGGCCAGUUUACUCUUCGGUUAUCAAAGGAGGAACGACUAAGCUGGGCAUCCAACAUCACUCUCGCCUGGAAUGUUGAUUCAAAUGUGCUUGCAGUCCAGUUCAAAGAUAGGAUCCAGCUUUGGACAACAGGAAAUUACCAUUACUACCUCAAACAAGAAGUCUCACUAUCAAUCGAUGGGGCAUCACCACUUUGCACGUUCCGCUGGCAUCAUGAGAAAGCGAUGCGUUUCACCGCAAGCUCGCCAAGUAUGUAUAGUUCAAGUAUCCUCUCCUCUGUUUGGGUACCAAGAAAAUUGCUAACAUCGUUUGAAGCCUCGUUGAUUGAUACCGAUUGGGUAUUUGAGGUUGCGGCCGGUUCGACCAUCAUUCCUAAUGACUUUGGUUCUACCGCUGUAAUCGAUGGAUGCACCUUAAAGUUGUCUCCGUUGAAGGUAGCAACAGUGCCUCCCCCGAUGGCACUUUGCGAACUUGCCCAUGACUCAAAUAUUAUUGAUGUGGCGUUUAGCAAGACGAGCGCAAAAAUUGCUAUCCUCAGCGCAGCUUCAUUUACGAUAUACACUUGGAAUCUCAAGUCUACCUCUCCCCUUGAAGCAACACUACACUCCUCAUAUGCCAUUUCUCCGUCCAGGCGCCCUAGGCUAAUCGCUUUUCUUGGUGAGGACGAUAUCUACGUAGUAACGCAAGAUGAAUUUGGCGGAGAAGUAGUUGAGUGGACAGGACUACAAUCGAAUGCUUCUAAACCCGUCUUUCUUCCUGAGGAGGGAGUUCAUAUAUCCUCUAUUUUCCCCGAUUCUGAGCAGGAGAAACUUUGGAUUGCCCACAUAUCUCCGAGCAAACGAGUCAGAAGUUAUAGCUUUGUUCGAAACAACGAAGCCGAGGACUCUUCCGUUGUUACAUGGCAAGAGGGGCCCGCAACCGACACAAGCUGGGCCCGUGCUAUCCAAGUUCCUAGCGGGGAUGAUAUAUUGUUCACGCUUUCUCGGUCCGGAGCUCUGUAUGCCAAUAAGCGAUUGCUCACCAAAAGCGUUACAUCUUUUCUCCUGACUUCUGCACAUCUGAUCUAUACAACUGCGCAGCAUCUACUUAAAUUUGUUCACAUAGCUAAAGUUGAUGAUCUUGAAAUACCAGGGGAUACCCCGGAAGAGGAUGAGAGGUGUCGAAGCAUUGAGCGUGGAGCCAAAUUAAUUACUGCCAUGCCCUCUAAGCUCGGCCUUACCCUACAGAUGCCUCGAGGGAAUAUAGAAACAAUCUACCCUCGAGCUUUUGUCCUGGCAGGUAUCCGUGGCUACAUUGAAAACAAGAAAUAUAAAUCAGCCUACCUGGUUUGUAGAGCACAGAUGGUGGAUAUGAACAUCCUCUAUGACUAUAUGCCCGAACAGUUUUUGGAUAAUAUACCGCUCUUCCUUGAUCAAGUGAAGAGGGUCGAGUUCAUUGACGAGUUUCUAUCUCGUCUAAGAAACGAAGAUGUAACAAAGACAAUUUACAAGGAUACUCUUAAGCUUUCGCAGCCGACAGAAGUCUCUCGAGGCAACGCUCCCGGGUCAGAUCAGGCGCCGGCUACCUCCUUUGGUAAAAUUAAAGCUGAGAACAAAGUGAACAAGAUUUGCGAUGCAUUUAUAGCCAUCCUCUCUCACCGAAUUGAUACCAAUCUUCAAAAUCUUGUUACCUCGCACGUUUGCAAGUCUCCCCCAGAUCUUGAUGCUGGGCUUAGCCUUGUCGCCAAAUUACGCGCUAACGCUGAAACAGAACGGAACGCAGAACAGGCAGAGGAAGCAGUAGAGCAUAUGUGCUUCCUUACAGAUGCCCACCAACUUUUCAACUAUGCACUAGGUCUAUAUGAUCUUGAGCUUACGUUGAUGGUGGCUCAGCAAGCUCAACGAGACCCGAGAGAAUACCUCCCAUUCCUUCAGAAGUUACAUGGUAUUUCAGAGCUUCAACGCAAGUUUGAAAUUGACAAUCACCUUGGUCGUUUCAAUAAAGCUUUGAAGACUCUACAUGCAUUGGGCUCAUAUGAUGAUCUGAAAUUGUACACAAUCAAACAUGGCCUUUAUAAGGAUGCAUUGGAGUUGUAUAAGUACCAGCCAGAGCUUUUGUGGGAUAUGACUCAAUUGCACGCAGAUUACCUAUACGACCAGUCAAACUACAAAGAAGCUGCUAUCGCUUACGAAUCUCUUGGAAUGUUCAAGCCUGCUUAUGAAUCGUACAAGCUGGCGCAUAUGUGGCGAGAAUCACUUUACUGUGCAGCCUUAGUUCCGCUAUCAGAAACCGAUAUGAAUGAAUUAGCCACAUCCCUAGCCUCCACGCUCACAGACGAAAAUAAAGACUACGUCUCCGCUGCACGUAUUCAAUCAGACUACCUUCAUGACAUUCCUACCGCAGCACGGCUGCUUUGCAAAGGUUCUCAGUUUGGCGACGCAUGUCGGCUACUUGUCCUACACAACUAUCAAGACCGAGUCUCCGAAAUUGUUGACCAUGGCCUUGCAGAAGCAAUGGGAACUAUGACCGAACUUCUAGCAGACUGCAGAAGCCAACUACAAGCACAGGUGCCACGGAUACAGGAAUUGCGAGCUAAACGCGCUGCUGACCCUCUGGGCUUUUAUGGUGGUGACCCAACUGGUGCUGGUGCUGGAGACGUUGAUAUCCCUGACAAUAUUUCUCUUGCGCCAACGGACGCAAGUACAAUGGCAGGUAGGAGUUUGUUCACCCGAUAUACUGGGGGAAGCAGUACGUCACGGGCUAGUAGCCGGAUGAGGAAGAGAGAGGAACGCAGGCGUGCAAAGGGGAAGAAAGGAACUGUUUACGAAGAGGAGUACCUCGUAAAUAGCGUGAGGCGGCUGAUUGAGAAGGUGAACAGUUCAAUUGAGGAAGUGGAAGCGUUGGUCCAAGGAAUGCUGAGAAGGGGGAUGCGCGAACGAGCAGCUGUAGUGGAGAAGAAUCUUGAUGAAGUUUUGGGUAUGUGUAGGGAUUGUCUGAGUGAUGUCUUCGAGACCCCUGCAGAGGCCAGUUCGGAUGCGCAGGACAAGGAAGAUGAACCUCCUGCUGGUGCGAUUUCAAGUGGGGAACGUGUUUAUCUGGAGAGCAUGGAAGCUCUCAAGGGCAAAGGGAGGGAACCGCCUGUGGUCAAGGCUUUUAAGAAGCUCUCUUUAUUGGGUGGUUAA